AGUGGAUGCCAGGUUUUAUGUAGCAUGAACUGCUAGCAGGAGUAUUUUAGUUGUCAUGGAAAUUGUAUUUUUUCACGAAUAGUAAAAAAUACAAAUUACAUAGCACUGUAAAGUGUCAGAAAUCAAACUGUUGCCUCACCGGCCAGACAAGAGACACGCUUUAGAUCCCCGGUGUUUGAUCCCGGUGUGUAAUCCCGGUGAAGAUCCAGCAUCAGUUAAUGAUCACUGGUCCGGUUCACAUCUGGUUUUGAUCCUGACAUCCCAGUUCGACACGGCCAUGAACUGGGACAGUCAGCUGAGCUCCAUCCUGUCAGGAGCAGAUGGCAGUGUUGCAAAGAUGAGGGCGAGAUUGACCUCGGCUGGGAAUUUCUCCAAAGUAGGCAGAGAUCCAGGUUUGUUUCCAGUGAGGAAGAUGGGUCUGAAGUCAGAUUUGGAUUAUCUUUCUGUUCUCCCUGGAGCACCUCCUCACCGACAGCCUCCCCCGUCUCUCGGCGUCGGUGUACAGUGGGCAGACCUGGCUGCCAUCCAGUCACAGCUCCAGAUUCAGAACCAGACGAUUGAGUCCCUUGCACAGAAGCUCCGUGACUUGGAAAGGGAGAAACAAGGUCAACAAUCACAUAUUCAGACUCUACAAGAGGAGGUUCGAUUGUUGCAGGAAGAGAUGAAAGGCAGAGAAAGAGAGAGAGAGGACCUGAGGAGGGGACAGAGUCCAGGUUUGGAGAGAAGGAUGGAGCAGUGGAGGAGACAGGUCGAACAUGAGCUCAGCCGCCUGCGGGAGCAAAUCACCCGAGGAACAUCGCCGGGCAACCUGGAGGAGAGUUUCAGCUCAAAGCUUCGCAGAGAGGAGCUGGAACACCUGCGGAGAGAGUUGGAUCAAUUGAAAACGCGGUUAAGGAGGCAGGAGGAGGAUAUUUUUGUCCAACAGGCAGAAGGCAGAGAGACCAGGAGACAGUAUGAACGCAGCUGCAAGACAUUGGAGCAGCUGACAGACAGCUACAGAGUUCACAGCACUGAUCUGAUAAAGACGGUCUCCGACUUUUCUCACACUCAGCAAGAGGUCCGCCAGAUCAGAUCAACAGUGUCAGAACUGAAGGAUGAGGUGAGGAGUCUCAUUAUCCGAGGACGUGAACAAACACCUUUGCUGUCAGCACACACAUCUGGCCCCUCACCAGUGGCAGCCCCCCACAGACAAAGCAGAAGAGUCAGAGUUCAGGACCCAGAGUCCGACUCUGAAGACUUCAGCCCGACACCGAGCCUCGCCGAGAUCAGCUCGGAUGAUCUGUCGUGGGUCGAUGACAAUGGCCCUGAACUUCGAGUGUCCGGCCCAGGGGAGUUCGCCGUUCCAGGAUCAGACGUGGAGGAUGACGACAACGAUGGGGAUGAUCUUCUCGAUGACGAUUCAGACCUAAGUUUUAACGACCUCUGAGCUUUUCCCCAAAGAAGCUCUUGGCAAAGGUGACGACACCAGGGAACCAUCCAGCGACAAAAAGACGCUUCCUCUCAUGACUAAACCACCAAAUAAAAUGUAGGAAUACUUUUAAAUUGAGUUAACGCUGAUAUGUGCAGCUUUGUUGUAAACACCCAAACCUAUUGAUGAAAGCAGGUAAAAUAGCAAAAAUAGUUGUAUGUGUCUUUUGAGUCAUCAAAAAAGCAGCAGGUAUAGAUGUGGGAAAUGCAACAAAUUGCAGACAGUCAGGAAACGUGUAGCCAAGAAAAAUAAAAUAACAGUGCUGUUGCCAAACCAACCACUCCUAACCCCACCAUUGCCAGCAGUUGAGGCUCUUCGGUGUCAUAAGUGGCAAUAUAUAUAUAUAUAUAUAUAUAUAUAUAUAUAUGCAUGCACGACUUGGAGAAUAUGACCACACGAUGGGCAAAUUUUGCCCACAAUGACAUCAGAGAGCUGAUGUUUUUAAGAAUUCCUCCAGAAAGAAGAGUUCCCAUCCCCCUGAAAACAGAGCAUGUAGUCCGUAGGAAUGAUGCAACGUAAAGUUUUCCUAAUUUUUUUUGAGCCUCUGGUCACUUCUAAGACGAUAAUUCAUCUUAAUAUCACUGUAGACGAGUCAGAAAAUACAAAAAAGCAUAGUGCGGCCACUUAAAUAGUAGUCUGUCAGAGUAUGGGGAAGAGAUCACACAAUGUUGGGCAAGUUUGGACAUGUUUUUCUUUUUUUUUUUUAUAUUGGAAUCAAGUCCACAGCAAAUGAAAACAUAUUCGUAUCCAUUUGAAAUGGUGUUUAUAAUAUCAAAUAUAUAGUUAGAGGCGGUGAGAUGUAUUGGAGGUUUAGGGAUGAAGAUUCUGCUUCAGUAGUAUGCCGAGGCUGUCUCCACAUGUACGGACUCGGAGGGAGCUGGCAACAAAGAGGAGAGGCGGCCAGCUGUUGACGAGCUUUUCAUUCACUUGUUUCAUGAUGCGCAGGCUUCACGCCAGUAACAAUGUGUUUUUGAAAAGAUCCAUUAUGUCUCAAAGUAAGCCUUCCUAAGUAAAUGAAGUUUUUUUUGUCAUUGCCACACCCUCUAUCCAGAUGUUUCUUCCCAGUGACAGUAAUUUAUGGGUCCUGCCGAAGUUAGAGACAGAAGCACUGUGAUUACUAAACCACAAUGCUUGGUUGAAGGCAAAAGUAGAUUAAAACCAUAUUUCUUUCUGAUUACUGAUUGUUUGGGUUUGGUAAAGCUUUCAAGCGAAGAUUUGGGCAGAACUUUGCUCAUUGCACCAGUAGCCUCCAUAAUGGGACACUUUAUGGAUCCUAUAACUUAAUAUAGACCCUUCGCCAAGCCUAACCCUCCCUAACUUGGCAUCUUAAAAUAAGAAAAAAAGGGUCAGUAAGCCUCCUUUUAGACUAGAAUCUAAUUGCCUUUAUAUACAGAAGCAUGUCGGAGGUAAAGAUCCACCCCAACUUUUAGCCCCUAAAGUUUUGAAGCUCAAAGUUGGCAUUAUGUCAAAAAUGUUUUAUCCAGUGUGGAAAGCAUCAUCCUCCCAUCUUGCUGUUUUAUGUACAGACAGAAUCUGAUGCUGGAUACAGUAGGUUUCGGCUCAUGUAGCGGAAAUAAAAGCCGUUAAGAAUCAAAAGCUUUUAGCCUAUAAAUGCAUCCACCUCCAUUAACAGGACAGGAAAACCAUCAAUACCGUUAAUUCAGACCUGUUUCAUGGCAGGCUGUGUGUGGCUCUGAUGGGCAGUAUAUAUAAACGGGAUCUAAAACGUCAAGGUACCCUUAUAAAAUUGGCGGCGGAAGACGAAACAAUAAAAAUAACAGCAUAAAUGUCAGAUCUUCCAAAAAAAACAAAAUCUGGGUGAGGGGGGGGGGGGGAGGAAUUAAAGGAUUAGGGAUAUAAAAGAAAUAACCAAACUGAUUGCAUUAGUCUGUGCCCCCUUUCCUAUUGAGGACAUGAACUGUCCACAGAGUUGACUAGUCACAUUAAAAUCUAGGCCUGUCAGUAAAGGCCAAGCAACUGCCAUUGAUUUAAAACAUUUCUGAUUAAAGCCAGAUAAAAGUCUGAUGUACCUGUAUUAUUUGCACCAGCACAGAAAUACUAAGAUGAGUCACAGUAGUGGGCAGGCUUUUAUGCAAUCACUCGUACCAGUGGCAUCUAAGAACCACUAGUCAAAACAACCAAGAUGACAUCAAAAUUGCCAAUAAUCUUGGAUCAACAAGAUCUUAGUCAUUCCCUAGUGCUCCUACUGAGCUCACACUCGACCAUGUUGGAAGUCUUUUGUUUGUCGGCCUGAAUUACAUGUUUUGUUUCUCUGGUUGUGUGCCUCAGUGGCAUCCAGAGGCAGCUUCUACCGUGCCUGCUGAUACUGGCCCGUGGACGUCAAAGGCAAAUCUGGAGGAACCAGAUUGAUCAGACUCCAAGAGGAAAAGGACACAGAUCACGUAUACUGAUGUCUGUAUUAUGGUGGUUAAAUAGAUAUUUGAUAAGGGUGAGGCUGAUCUAUUUGCUCCUCACAUUGGCUGAUGAAUACGACCUUUUUAACCGCCAUUUUAUUGCAUCUGGCUGUAAAGCAGGUUAUUGAUUCAGUCACUGAGGCUGUACAUGUUUUGUAUUUUUCUUUUUUUUAAAUCUCCACAAUAAAAGUCUCUUCAA